GACAAUUUUGAACAAUAAAGAGUGUCCACGUUUCAUUCUUUUUUAUGAGUAUACAUUGCAAAAAAUCAAGCUUUGCUCUGCUCCACUGCUCCAGUAUUCGACUACAUCUGCACAAGAUCUACCUCUGCAUAUCGUAAUGGCUGUUCACUGGGGUGGGGUAGCUGGUAUGAUAUUCUUCUAUCUGAUCAUCUUGGCUGUGGGAAUAUGGGCCUCGAGGAAGACAAAAGGCGCUAAUAACACAGAGAGAGUGAUGGUGGCAGGCCGGGAUUUCGGCUGGUUUAUAGGUCUCUUUACGCUGAUUGCUACUUGGGUCGGAGGAGGCUAUAUCAAUGGAACAGCAGAAGUCGUGUUUACCCCAGGGUGGGGUCUCGUUUGGGCCCAAGCUCCCUGGGGCUACAGUUUCAGCUUCGUCGUUAAUGGACUUUUCUUCGCAAAGCAGAUGCGAGCAGCGAAUUACGUCACAAUGAUCGAUCCAUUUCAAAAGAAGUUCGGAAAUCGCAUGGGAGGAAUUCUCUUUUUAGCCGCUAUCACGGGAGAGCUGCUAUGGUGUGCCGCCAUUUUGGCUGCCUUAGGAUCAACGAUCAGUGUCAUCUUGGAGCUGGAUCAGAACCUUUCUGUCAUCAUCUCAGCAUGUAUAGCUGUGUCUUAUACUCUAUUUGGUGGUCUCUUCUCUGUCGCUUACACAGACAUUGUACAACUAGUUUGUAUAUUCAUCGGUUUGUGGCUUUGUGUACCUUUCGCGCUCACGAACAAGGCCGUAACGCCCAUACUACAGAAUAGUGGUAGCUGGCUCGGAGAGUGGGAUACGAGACUUACUGGACAAUGGAUCGAUAGCUGUUUGCUGAUCAUCUUGGGAGGAGUGCCCUGGCAGGCAUACUUCCAACGAGUUCUAGCAGCCAAGACCCCUCACCAUGCCCGCUAUCUCUCUUUCUAUGCAGCCUUUGGCUGUUUCUUUCUCAGUAUCCCGGCAUAUGUCAUGGGUGCCGUGGGCGCCAGUACCGAUUGGACAAUGACCAACCUUAACCUCAACAAGACUGACCCCUAUGAAACACCUGGCAUCAUUCUCCCAGCCGUCAUUCAGUAUCUCACCCCACCAGUGGUCGCUUUCCUUGGACUCGGGGCCAUCUCUGCCGCCGUGAUGUCGUCCACGGAUUCGUCCGUGCUUGCCUCAAGUUCGAUGUUCACUAGGAACGUCUACAAGAAUAUCUUCAGACAGUCGGCCUCUGAGCGGGAAAUGAUGUGGGUGCUUCGUGUUGCGGUUAUUUUUGUUGCAACCAUCGCUACUGUCAUGGCGUUGACUGUCGAUUCCAUCUACACCCUCUUUGUCCUCUGCUCCGACUUCGUCUACGUCGUACUCUUCCCGCAGUUCGUUUGCGUCAUUCACAUAAAGAAGUCCAAUACCUACGGUUCAGCUUGUGCUUUUGUCCUCGGUCUCUUUCUACGGCUGGCAGGUGGAAUAUUUGCCCUCGGCAUGCCAGCUCUCAUCCACUAUCCAUACUACGACGAGGAGCUGGGCCAGCUAUUCCCGUUCCGCACCAUGGCUGCAAUCCUAUCUUUUGUAUCGCUGGUCGUCGUCUCGUAUGCCACAGACGUCAUCUUCAGGAAGGGUUACCUUCCCAAGAGGUUUGAUUUUUUGAAUUGUGUGGUUGAUAUUGAUGCAGCUACUGAUCAACAGGUCAAUGGCAACGUGCAGGCUCUCGAUAUCGUGGAUAAAAUGGCGUAA